CGAGCGGCCGCGGCGAGGAGCGGAAGGAAGGAGGCGCCGCGCUGGUUGCCAUGGAGAGCGGCCCCUUCCCGCCUCCCCUCCUCUCCAGUCCCGGUGGGGCUGCGGGCGGCGGAGGCUGCGGACGCCGCCAUGACCUCGGCCUCGACCAAGGUGGGCGAGAUCUUCUCCGCGGCCGGCGCCGCCUUCACCAAGCUGGGCGAGCUGACCAUGCAGCUGCACCCGGUGGCCGACUCGUCGCCCGCAGGGGCCAAGUGGACGGACGCCGAGAUCUCCCUCCUGCGGGCCUCGGUGCAGCGCUUCGGCGACGACCUCAACCGCAUCAGCGCGCUCAUCAAGGACCGCACCGUGGCGCAGCUGAAGGGGGCUGCGAAGCGCAAGGCCUACGAGGACAGCGGCCUGGCUCUGCCCCCCGGCGAGUCCCCCAAGAAGGCGCCCCGCAAGGCCCAGCCCCCGCCGCCCGCCCCCCCUGCCGUGACGCUCCCGGAGCCCGCCCCCGCCGCGCCCCCCAAGAAGCCCAAGGCCUCUGACGUGACCCUCAGCGCCCUGAACGACGCCGACGCCCACAGCGACCUGGUGGACAUGGAGGGCCUGGGGGGCUCCCCCCCGCCCAAGAAGCUCAAUUUCGACCAGGACAGCCUGAAUCUGGACUCGGGCUUCCUCAUGGCCCCCGGAGCAGACUUGCCUCUCCUCUCCCGCUGAGGGGCAGCCCCACCCACCGUGCGCCCCCUCCCCCACUUGCUCCUCCUUGCGGGAGGGGGCCACUGCCCCCCUUCCCCUUGGGCUCUUCAAUCGGGACACAGCUCCACUCUGCCAUCGCCCGUGCAUCUGUGCCAACGUCUGUCCCCCCCCCCUCCAAUCCCCUCCAAGGCUGGACACCGAGGGUGGGGCUCUCCCCCUGUUCCCAACCUGGCUUUUGUUUUUUCCUCCAGUCACAAUAAAAGUGGUGUGGAGCCUGGA